GAGUUCCUUGUUGGUGGGCGUGUCUCACUCAAAGUGCCACUCGCAUGACGGCUGAAAUCCCUCCCACAAGCCUAGAGACUGGAGUAGUGGCGAGGCGGGAUGGAGGCGCUGUGGGUGAAGAGCCCCGGGUCUCUGUCGGUACAGGAUGUGUACAGUAUGGCGGUGUGUCUCGGCUCCGAACUGCAGACCCUAACAGAGCAGUAUGGGCCGGACGCGGUAUCGGGCGUAGUGCCGCAGGUGGUCCGUGUCCUAGAGUUGCUGGAGAGCUACGUGGGGGGGUCCGGGAGGGAGAGGAGCUGCACGGAGGAAGAGCUGCUCAUCAGAGCCGUGCACAGGUUGCAGCUCAGCAGCAGAGAGGAGCCGUCCCCGGCGGAUCUCCAGGAGCAGCUGCUUGAAGCUCAGAAAAAGGAGCAUGUUCUACAGAAUCGGCUGUCCCAGCUCACAGAAGAGAACCAGGAACUUCUUGGUCAGUUGGCUGAGCGCAAAUCAAAGGAAGAUUGUGCUGCGAGAGAGGAGCGGGACCUAAUGCUUCAGCUGAAAAAGGUAGUGGACAUGCAGCGGGACCAGAUUCGCGCACUGACGCAUGAAACCACACAGAGAAACAAGGACGCAGAAGCGUUGCAGGAACAAUUGGACAGAUUCAUGAAAAUGAACGAAGACUUGCGCCAUAAAAUGUCUGUGCUCCAAGCCCAGCUUAAAAGCUCUCUGCAGAGAAAAACUGAACUGGAAGCCUUGCUACAGGAAAAGCGGAAAGAGAGUGACGCUUUGUCUAAAACCAUUGUUGUAGCCCCUGGUAUCCCAGACAGCAAUAUGAACACCUCAUUAUGUGCCACUGUAAAAGAGGAUUCCAGGUCUAGCCAACCAUGUUUCACAAAGGAGGAAGUUAAGCAGAUCUUACAGGAACGCCAUGAGUUGAAGACAAACUUAUUCCUUGUGAAUGAGGAAUUGCAGUAUUAUCAAAGGGAGUUGCUGAAUGAUGAAAGGAUACCAAGUCUCCUGUUGUGUGGAAUAAAAUCUGCAAUAAAAAAGCAACGGAAAAAGAUCAAGGCCAAAAUGCUGGGAAUCACGGAGUCUGCAACUAGCAGCAGCGAUGAAGAGGAUAACACUUGGGCGCAGGCAGCUGGCACAGACUGUGUGGAUUCCAAGCCUGCAGAUUCCAAAAUCAAGAGUUUGUUUGGCACAUGGUACAGCAAGCCGGUAGCUGAUACAGGACCGUGGGAGAUUAUUACUCCAAAGGAAAUCAACCAGGAACAGAAGGGAGAAACAUCUAGUGAAAAUGACUGACUUUAAUUAAACUCUACUGACUUCUACUGAAAUCCUGAAUUCAUAGCACUUGUAAUUGUGCUGCACAACUGUAGCUCCAGGAGAUCUGUCCUCGACCCUACAGCACUGCAUUUCUUAUCUGCCUCUGAACAUGAUUAUAUAUGAUCUUACCAACUAUAGGCAAAUCCCAUCAUGCCUUUCAACAGUGGGUGGCCCAGGCCCACAAAUUAGUCCACGACAUGUGAAAAAAUGUAUAUAAAUCUACCCACAUUAAAAAGUGGAAAUAUAUUUUUCUAACACUAUUUUAAUAUAUAUCCCUUUUAUGAGUUUUUUUUAAAAGAAAAAAUGUUGUACAGUAAAGAUAACUGCAAGUAUAUUUCCUAUAAAUAUAUAUAUUUCUAGUGUGCAAACCAGAAAUAAACAGAUGCUUGCAUGGUA